AAGCUUCCAUCCCCUCCAGAGGCCCAUCCUUGCCUAAACAGUGCUAAGGAGCCUCGACUCCAGAGCAAUGAAACAUGGCCAGCACUUCCCUGUAUCCCUUGGUCCUGGACUGAUGCAGCUUUGCUUGGCAACCCAGGCGAAUUUUGCUCCUUAUUUCUUCGACAAUGGAGCCAGCAGCACGAAUGGAAAUAUGGCCCUUUUCAGCCUUUCUGAGGACACCCCUGUGGGCUCUCAUGUGUACACACUGAAUGGAACCGAUCCAGAAGGAGACGUUGUCACCUAUGGCAUUAGCUUUGAGUCUGGUUCAAGAAAUUUCUUUUCCAUCGAUCCAAACUUUGGAAAUAUCACAUUGAUUGAAGAGUUGGACAGAGAGAGAGAGGAUGAGAUUGAAGCCAUCAUCAGCAUCUCUGACGGCCUAAAUAAAGUGGCAGAGAAAGUCCUGAUUCUGGUGACCGAUGCCAAUGAUGAAGCCCCCCAGUUUAUCAACACUCCCUACGUCAUCCUUGUCCCUGAGGACACACCUGCAGGGAGCAGCAUCUUUAAGGUUCAGGCUGUGGACAAGGAUACUGGAUCUGGAGGAAGCGUCACUUAUUUUCUACAGAAUCUCCACACCAACAAGUUUGCAAUGGACCGCCACAGUGGAGUGCUACGCAUUAGAGCUGGAGCCACCCUGGACUACGAGAAGUCAAGGACUCAUUUCAUCACUGUCGUGGCCAAGGAUGGCGGAGGGAAGCUCCGAGGAGAUUAUGUAGUUUUCUCAGCCACUGCUACCAUCACCAUCAAUGUGGAUGAUGCCCAGGACAUGGAUCCCAUCUUUGUUGGCACACCAUAUUAUGGCUACGUCUAUGAGGAUUCCCAUCCAGGAUCAGAGAUCCUGACAGUGGUUGCUGUAGAUGGAGAUCGGGGUAACCCUAACAUGGUCCUCUACAGCCUUGUGAAUGGGAGUGAUGAAGCCUUCAGGAUCAAUGAAACCACGGGAGGCAUCUCUGUCACAGUGUCCCCCAGCCAGCUCAAGAAAGAGGUGUAUGAGCUGAGAGUACAGGUAUCAGAGGUCAGUUCCAGAGGGCCUCUAGCACCUCAGGCUUCAACGACUGUGACCAUCAGGGUAGUUGACCUCAACAACCAUCCUCCAACAUUCUAUGGAGAGAAUGGACUCCAGAAUAUGUUUGAGCUGACAAUGUAUGAGCAUCCAUCUGAGGGGGAGAUUCUUCGGGGCCUCAAGAUCACAGUCAAUGACUCUGAUCAGGGAGCAAACGCCAAGUUCAACCUGAGGCUUGUUGGGGCUGGAGGCAUCUUCCGGGUAGUUCCCCAGACAGUCUUGAAUGAAGCACAGGUCACCAUCAUUGUGGAAAAUUCAGCCGCCAUUGACUUUGAGAAGUUCAAGUUGUUAACCUUCAAGCUUCUGGCUGUGGAAGUGAACACUCCUGAGAAAUUCAGCUCCACAGCAGACAUUGUGAUCCACCUCCUGGACACCAACGACAAUGUUCCCAAGUUUUCCUCUGACUACUACAUUGCCCGGAUCCCAGAGAAUUCUCCAGGGGGGUCUAAUGUGGUGGCUGUCGCAGCAAUGGAUCCAGACUCAGGACUAUGGGGUGAAGUCAAAUACUCCAUUUACGGGACAGGAGCAGAGCUAUUCCUGAUCCACCCAUCUACAGGAAUCAUCUAUACUCAGCCCUGGGCUGCCCUGGACGCUGAGGUCACCUCCAAGUACAACUUCUAUGUGAAGGCAGAAGACACAGAGGGCAAGUACAGCCUUGCUGAAGUGUUCGUAACAGUGCUUGAUGUCAAUGACCACUCCCCAGAGUUUGAUGAAAACAUUCAGGAGAAGACAAUGGUCCUAGGAACCCCAGUAAAAAUUGAGGCUACAGACCAUGAUGCAGAGGAGCCCAACAAUGUCGUGGACUAUUCCAUCAUGCAGGCAGAACCUGCCAAUGUGUUUGACAUCAACGAAAGCACGGGUGAGAUCAGGUUGAAAGCCUUUGUUCACUCACUGGACAUCAUCCACAAUAUCACCAAGAACAGAGACUGCAUCUGGUCUGUGCUGGUGCAGGCCAAGGACCGGGGCUCCCCAUCCUUCAGUACUACAGCUGUGCUAAAGAUUGACAUCCUGGAUGAGACCCUGAAUAGAGGGCCCAUGGCUGCGUUUCUAAUGCAAACUAAAGACAAUCCCAUGAAAGCCAUAGGCGUGCUGGCUGGAGUCAUAGUCAUCAUGGUGGUCAUUACCGUCUUCAUCUCCACUGCCAUGUUCUGGCGCAACAAGAAGUCCAACAAGAUUUUACCAGUGAGGCGGGUGAUCCGAAAGAGGCCAAGCCCACCAUCCCGCUCCAUCAGGGCAGAGUGGCUCAAAUUCAAGAGGUCUCAUGCAGGAGACAAGUUUGCCCUCAAGGAUGAACUUCCCAAUGAGAACCACAACAACAACAGCCUGAUGUUCGCCCCACCUCCUACUGCACCAGCCCUGCCCCCUCCACCCAUCACUGUCCCCAAGAUCAGUACCACGGAGUGGACAGUGCCCACAGUCUCGGGCUCACUGACUCCCAAGCAUACUAGUAAGCCGAUGAAGCAAAAGGCCUUGGACAGACCUGUCCAGUCUGCCCUCGUUUCUGAGCUCAAGAAGAAGUUUGAAAAGAAGGCUGCAGACAAUAAGCCUUAUGACUGAGAAAUCUACUGUGGCCACUCUCAAGCCUGUCACCUCGCUAUCCUUGUUCCUGACAACUUAGCUGAAAAUCACUCACUUUUUUGUACAAGUAUUUACUGCUCAUUUGCAUGGAUUCUCUGCCAAUCUCCUUUUCUGUUUUGCAGUGGGAAUCAUUUCUGUAGUGACCUAGAAUGUAAGUGCUAACCACUAGAUCAUAGUCUGACCAUGUGAACUUACUUCUCUCCCCUAAAACUUUAUCAAAUGUCCCACUGCAAACAAAGUGUUCAUUUGCUGACUGGUGUUCGAGUUGCCAUUGAAUGA